AUGACGCAACCCGGACUGCCAUCCAUACAUAAGCACGAUUUUACCCGCGACGGGUUUGAGCACUGCGCUACGGGGGAUGUCUUGGGACCCCCGAGGCUCGCUUAUCGCCAGCGUACCAGGCCGACACAUAUUCGACGAAGAAGAUUCACCCACUUGGUAGUUCUCGGUAGCAAUGAGUCGAGCCUUCGAAGCUGUCCCUAUUUCGCUAAAUAUGGUAGUGGGGGGUCCCAUGAGUCGGGCCGAUCCCCCAAGUCGGGUGCGAAACGGCAGAAGCCCGGCGAAGCCAGAGAUGAUAACGAUCGCGUCACAGAGGAGGAGAUGAUUAAUGCCGUAUAG